GUCAGCUGUUUUGUUUGCGCGGGAAGAGACGGACGCCUCCAGCAUCAAAAUUUAACAUUGCAAAUCAAACGACCAGAAAUUGCAGCAAGGAUGGUUGAACGUAUAGAGGAUCUGAAUCUGCCCAAUGCGGUGAUUGCGCGACUUAUCAAGGAAGCCCUGCCCGAUGGAGCGAGCGUGAGUAAGGAGGCCCGUGCUGCAAUUGCGAGAGCUGCCUCGGUCUUUGCCAUUUUUGUGACUUCCUCAUCGACGGCGCUGGCCCACAAACAGAACCACAAGACCAUUACGGCCAAGGAUAUAAUGCAGACACUCACGGAACUGGACUUUGGGAGUUUCGUGCCGUCGCUUUCGCAGGAUCUGGAAGUGUAUCGCAAAGUUGUCAAGGACAAGAAAGAUAUCAAAGCCAGCAAGAAAGAUGCGGCAGACGCCUCCGCCAGUGGCAGUGGAGCAGCAACCGAAGAGGCAACUUAGUGAUGGAUAGCAAA